GGAAGCUCUUCGCGUCUCCUCUCCGCCGCUUUGAGCCGUUUUCACCAGCGUCAUGGCGGACGAGGUGGAUGUUGACAUCGAAGGAGACGAAUGUGAUGCAGAUGAUGGUGAUCUUUCUAGAGCAAUGAUCCUCCAGGAUCAGUACUUACAGUCAGCAUGGAGGACUGACCCUACAGUGCUGCCCUGGAGCCUGGAUAACUCGAUCAGUGAUGAGAACAGAGAGAUCAUUGAGAGCAUGCUGCUGGAAGAACAGUAUUAUUUUGCUGGGAAGAAGGUUCCUAAAGUGGCGUGGGCUGACGAAAAGCCUAAAGUAAAAAAGUCACCGGUGAAGAGCUCUGGAGCGUCGGCUCGUUGGGCACAAGAGGAGAAAGAUCUCUUUGAGAAAGGACUUGCUCAGUUUGGUCGGAGAUGGACGAAAAUCGCGAAGCUGAUUGGCUCUAGGACAGUUCUUCAAGUGAAGAGUUAUGCCAGGCAGUACUUUAAAAACAAGGCUAAAUCUGAAGGUCAUGCUGAAGUGUCUUCCACUAAGCCCCAGAGUGCACUGCUUCACGCGCUACCAUCAGGAUCCAGCCCUCCCUCUGUCCAGCCUCAGACCGCUGCUCUGGCCAACGCUGUACGCAUCGAACGCCUGUCUGACGACGAGGACGUGGACAUCACCGAUGACCUGAGUGACGAUGAGAGUCAGCCUGAGAACCAGUUCGAUUUCAGAGACGAGCCCAAAGAUUUGGACCAGCCUCAAGACCAAGCUCAAGUAGCGUUCUCGGACGUAGUGGAAGAGUCUGAUACACCUGCUGAGCUGAUCCCUGAGGGGAACAGCAGCCACUUUCAGACCGUGACCGAGCCAGAACCUGGAGAUCAGACAGAGUCCUGGGACGCAAAAACACAGCCGCAACACGAGGAUGAGUGCUCUGAAGAUAAAGUUGAAAAGAGUCCACUAGAGGACACAGAGGACCAGGACGAAGAGGAGGAGCUGAAGCCCCCUGAACAGGAAGUAACGUUGGACACAAGCACCGUCACAGAAGAAGAAAAGCAAGCCAUCCCAGAAUUCUUUGAGGGUCGUCUGUCGAAAACCCCGGAGCGAUAUCUGAAAAUCCGCAACUACAUACUGGACCAGUGGGAGAAGAGCAAACCCAAGUACUUAAAUAAGACGUCAGUGCGUCCAGGCUUGAAGAACUGUGGGGACGUGAACUGCAUCGGCCGAAUACACACUUACCUGGAGCUCAUAGGGGCGAUCAACUUCAACUGUGAGCAGGCUAUCUAUAACCGUCCUCGGCCGGUGGACCGCUCGCGUCUGAAGGAAAGCAGAGACAGUCUGGAGGCCUAUCAGCUGGCUCAGAGACUACAGUCCAUGCGCACAAGGAAACGACGUGUGCGUGACGCCUUUGGGAACUGGUGUGAUGCCCGAGACCUGGAGGGCCAGACCUAUGAGCAUCUGAGUGCAGAGGAACUUGCCCUUAGGAGAGAGGAGAUGAAAAAGAGGCAACCAAAGCCCUGCAAACUCCCUAAGCGAGGCUCUUUUGAUCCGUUCCAGCUCAUCCAGUGCAAAGCCUUUGGAGAGGAACGACAGGAACCAUUCCGAGUGAUAGUGUGUGCUGAAGCUCUGGUUGUCGUGGAUGUGCAUGCUCAUGUCUCUAUGGGAGAGGUGAUCGGACUCCUGGGUGGAUCUUACGAUCAUGAGGACAAAGUGUUACGGAUUUGCACAGCAGAACCAUGUAACAGCCUCAGCACUGGACUGCAGUGUGAAAUGGACCCUGUCUCCCAGACACAAGCAUCUGAGAUGCUCGGGGUCAGGGGUCACAGUGUAGUUGGCUGGUAUCACUCACAUCCAGCUUUUGACCCAAACCCUUCCCUCAGAGACAUUGACACUCAGGCCAAGUACCAGAAUUAUUUCUCUCGAGGAGGAGCUCCAUUUAUAGGAAUGAUUGUGAGCCCAUAUAACCCCAGUAACUCCUCCCCUGUGUCCCAGAAUACAUGUCUGCUAGUGCAGGAAGAGACUGGAUCCGCUGGCACUCAGAAGCUUCCGUACAAGUUUGAGUAUCAAAUCUCCCCUGAGCCUCCAGAUUUGACCGAAGUGAUGAGGAGAGCAGAAUGGGUGGUGUUCAAGUACAGGCACUCAUAUGGGUCUGUGCCCAUGGAAAGACUCUACCGCAGCGAUUCCUCGCUCACAUGCCUGGAAAAGAUGCUCACAUCACUUAGGACGAUUCUGGCAGACAUCCCAGAGACCGAGACCUUUCUGUUCCAGAUCGAAGCGUUGUUCGUUACACAUUUCAUAGAUAAGCAAGAGACAGAGCAAGCUUCUGGCUCGUCCUCUCAUCUUCAUGAGCAAUUUAAACAGUUUCCUACACACACCUUCACCACCUCCGAGCUGAUGGACAGUAGUGAGGUCUUGGACUAUGAGGAGAUGUGUUCAAAUGAGGAGCAGUCCAUCAUUAACGCUAGCAAUUCUGAUAAAGGCCUUAAUAGCUCAAGUUCUGGAAGUCAAGUUGUAGCUGGUAAAGAAGUAAAUAUACCUCCUGUACCAUCAGCAGAACCUGAGUAUUGACAUUCAUCUGACCUAAUGAGCAGCUAAGUUAUUAAGGAGAGCUCCUGUUGUUGCAGAUACUAAUGUUAUUCAGCUGUGUUUUGUAGUAAGAAUAAUAAUCAUUUGCAAAGUACUGUACCUCAUGUUGAUGUAAUUUUGGCAGCAAUUAAACAAGUCAUUGUAACAACACAGAUGCACUGAAAGCUAGUCAGUGUUAACCAUGUACAUUGUGUUAACUUGCUAAAUGAGUUUUGUACUUGCUCUCCAUUAUGUCUAUAGCUCUCUUUGCUAAAUCUUAUUUUUCCAUUUUAGCUGCUAAUUAACAGCAAACACUCAUUCAUUAGGAUCUCUUAAGUGUUUCUUAACCGUACAGUGUUGUAUUUAAAUCAAAUCUGGAUAUUACAAACACUGAGCACUUUAGUAGGAACACAAAUUCUUCAUUGCAUGGAUUCCAGAUGUUGGAAACAUUCCUUUGAGAUUCUGGUCCAUAUUGACAUGAUUACAUCACACAGUUCCUGCAGAUUUUUCAGCUGCACUUUCAUGCUGUGAAAGUUCUACCGUUCUACCACAUACCAAAGCUGUUCUAUUGGAUUCAGAUCCGGUGACUGGGAAGGUUGCUGAAGAACACUGAACUAAUUAUGUUCACGAAACCAGUUUCAGACAUUUUCUUUGUGACAUGGUGCAUUAUUAUGCUGGAAGUAGCCAUUAGAAGAUGAGUAAAUUGUGGCCAUGAAGGGAUGCACAUGGUCAGCAACAAUACUCAAAUAUGCUGUGGAAUUCAAGCGAUGAUUGAUAGGUAUUAACAGGCCCAAAGUGUGCCAAGAAAACAUUCCCCGCACCAUCACACCACCAGCCUGGACGUUUGAUACAAGGCAGGAUGCGUUCAUGGAUUCAUGCUGUUGGUGCCAAAUUCUGACCUGAUCUGUGUGCCUCAGCACAAAUCGAGAUUCAUCAGAGCAGGCUAUGUUUUUUCAGUCUGUAACUGUACAGUUUUGUGAGCCUGUACCCACUGCAGCCUCAGCUUUCUGUUCUUGGCUGACAGAAUUGAAACCUGAUGUGGUCUUCUGCUCUUGUAGCCAAUCUGCCUCAAGAUUCGAUGCAUCAUGCAAUCUGAGAUGCUUUUCUGCUCACCACAAUUGUACAGAAGGGUUAUCUGAGUUACUGUAGCCUUUCUAUCAGCUCGAACCAGUCUGGCCAUUCAGCACUGAUCUCUCAACAAGGCGUUUCCGUCCACAGAACUGCUGCUCACUGGAUGUUUUUCUCUAUUGCACCAUUCUGAGGAAACAACAGACUGUUGUGUGUGAAAAUCCCAGGUGAUCAGCAGUUAUAGAAAUACUCAAAACAGCCUGUGUGGCACCAACAUUCAUACCACGGUCAAAAUCAAGAUCACAUUUUGUCCCCCCUGUCUGAUGGUUGAUGUGAACAUUACACAAAGCUACUAGUCCAAAUCUGAAUGAUUUUAUGCAUCGCACUGCUGCCACAUGAUUGGAGGAUUAGAUAACUGCAUGACUGUGUGGGCGUACAGGUGUUCCUAAUAAAGUGUUACAGUACAGAUACAGUAUCAGAAUCACUCUGUCCCUAAUUUCUCCAUCUGGGGAUUAAUAAAGUAUUAUAAAGUAUUAUCUUAGCAAUGAUGUCAUUGAGGACUAUACUCGAAUUAUACUCGAUUUUCUUUCUUGAUUUUCGUGAUGUCGUCUCUUGAAUAAUCGUUGUGGAACACGUUCUUGUUUUGUAAUAAAGUCAUUAUUUUGUA